UUGUAGUUCUUCCCUAGGGAGAAACACACACAACAUUCGUUGGGUAUUCUUUCCCUCUCUUCCUCAUCCCUUUCCUUUCCUCCUCUUUGAACUUUCCCCAAGGAAAGAAACAAACAAACAAAGAUCCAAACAGUCCCGCUGUUUCUGUCCCAACAAAAAUGAAGAACCAACUAGGUUGCUGUCUUAAGUUUCUUGAGACUUCUAAACCUUACUUUGCUAUGAUCUCUUUACAAUUUGGGUACGCAGGAAUGAACAUUAUUACAAAAGUCUCACUCAAUCGUGGUAUGAGCCACUAUGUUCUUGUGGUUUAUCGCCAUGCUAUUGCUACUGCAGUUAUCGCUCCCUUCGCUUUCAUUUUCGAGAGGAAAGCACAGCCGAGAAUCACCUUCCCCAUUUUCUUACAACUAUUUGUCCUUGGCCUUCUUGGACCUGUGAUAGACCAGAACUUCUAUUAUGCUGGACUGAAAUUUACAUCUCCAACUUUCUCCUGUGCAAUGAGCAACAUGCUUCCUGCCAUGACAUUUGUAAUGGCAGUCAUAUUCAGGAUGGAGAAACUAGACGUAAAGAAGUUGAGGUGCCAAGCAAAAAUAGUGGGGACAUUGGUGACAGUAGCUGGAGCAAUGUUCAUGACAUUAUACAAAGGUCCAAUAGUGGAGAUGGUGUGGUCUAAGCAUGUUCAUCCUCGAAAAUCCUAUGUUACCGAUACCACUGGAACCACUGAUGACAAGGACUGGUUCAAGGGCUCCAUCCUCCUUAUCUUGGCCACCCUUGCCUGGGCUUCUUUGUUUGUUUUACAAACCAAAGCUUUGAAGACGUACAAGAAUCAUCAGCUCUCGCUAACAACACUUGUGUGCUUUAUGGGCACCCUACAAGCUAUAGCUGUGACUUUUGUGAUGGAGCAUAAAGCCUCUGCAUGGAGAAUUGGCUGGGACAUGAACCUACUUGCUGCUGCCUACGCUGGAAUUGUGACAUCAAGCAUUUCAUACUAUGUCCAAGGAAUGGUUAUAAAGAAAAGGGGUCCAGUUUUUGCUACUGCUUUUAGUCCCUUGAUGAUGAUCAUUGUAGCCAUUUUGGGUUCUUUCAUCUUGGCAGAAAAGAUAUUUCUUGGAGGAGUGAUUGGUGGCGUCUUGAUAGUAAUAGGGCUUUACUCAGUCCUGUGGGGGAAGCAAAAGGAGAAGAUGGAAGAUUCUGAUGAGAUACCUGAACCUGUGAAGGGUGUUCAAGGAAACGGAAAUUCAAUAGCUAUAAUAGAAGACAUUGAAGCUAAUGAGGUUGAUUUACAAAAAGCAGAAGAAGCCAACAAGAAGUUGUCUGCAAUGGUCAUUGCAAUGCCUAUGCCCAUGCCGGAGCUUCCAAUUAAAGCCACCCGAGGGGCCAUUGCCUAGUUAAGCAGGAGAAUAUUUUGUUUAGACUUUUUAUUUUGGUCUUCCAUAGCCUUUUUUUUUUCUCUCUCUCUAAGAUCAUAUACAUAUGGGACUUUGCUGUGUUUUUCCUUUUAAUUUUUCCUUUUCUGGGCUGUUUGCAUGUUACAGCUAAUCAAUGUUCUAAGGACAAGUACUCAUAAUGAUGAAAUUCAAUGAAAGAAUACUUUGUAUCUUAGUUUAUGAUAAAUUUAAAACAAAAGAAUAUAAAGUUGGCACAUGAAAUAUGUUAUAUUAUGUA